GCAAGCGGGCACAGUGGCUCACCCCUCAGACCCCUGAACCCUCUUGAAUCUCUUUCCCUGUCACUAGCGCCCUGGCAGUUUGACUGUGUUGAGUAGUGAGAGUCUGAGAGAGAUAAGUUGCUGCAGUACUGUACGCUGAGAAACAGUAAGACAACAGAGACAGCAGGAUGUUGGCAGAACUGCUGUUGUUGGUAGGGCUGCUCUUUCUGCUGUGGAGGGUCUUCAAGAAGCCUGACGGAAUGCCGCCAGGACUCUGGGGACUUCCUCUGAUUGGUUACAUCCCGCUGACAAGGAAAAGCAUACACGAUCAGCUGUUUGACUUACACAAGAAGUACGGCGACAUCUAUGUAUGGAGAUUCGGGACGCAGGUAAUUGUGAUUCUCCACGACUACCAGCUGAACAAAGACGCUUUUACCAAUCAGGACUUCGUCGACAGACCUCCCUGGAAAUUUUUUCAGUAUGGGGAAGAAACUGCCAAUGGUAAGUCUAUUGGUUUCAUUCGAUCUCCGAGUCUUUUGGGUUGACGGAGAAGCUAUGGU